UGCCGCCCUGCGCUGUUGGUACGCCUGCUCCUUCCGGGCCGUACUUUCAGUUUUCCGUUCAAACUGUGAAACCGUUGACCGGUGGCGUCCGUUAGUUGUUCGAGAAGGAUUACUUCUGAGAGAUUCUUGUCGAUUCAAGUGCGGGAUAAGCCAUGGAUAAGCGAAGAGACAUGAGGCCCGGGGCGAGCCAAGCAGGCGCCUCCUCCUCCUCGGCUGGGCCGAGGCCUGGACCCUCAACCCUGCAAGAGAAGUACGACCAGUUGGACUCCAUAUUCACCAGUCAGCAGCUUCGUCCGAGCCGGACACAGGGUGAUGCAGCAAGCUCUGGAGCGGAGACGGUGCCUGUUUCUGAGAUACAAGCAACUAUCGAAGAGUGUUGUUCAAGAUUCAUUGCAUCUGAGCGAAGGAGGAAAGAGCUUGCUGAAAAGAAGAAGAGUCUGCAACAACUUCACGACAAGCAGCAGCAAAUGAUUAUAACGGCCCAGAUGAAUGUGGAGCAAACAAGCAGCAAACUUGACGCAGCAAUCAGAAAUAGACAGACAAUCCAGGCCAAAGUGCAACAUGCCUGUGAAAUAGGAGCUGCCAUACGUCAACACUGUGAACACCUUGAUACUUCAAGAUCUCAACUGUCACAUAUGCGAGAUGAUCAAAUCCUAGAAUCAAAUCAACUUAUCGAAAUGAUUAAGAAUAUUUCAGAGGCUGAUAAAAUGACAGAGGAGUUUAAAGAAGCUGAAAGACUUCUACGAGAAAUUAUGGAACUGGAUGAAAGAAAUGCAAAUGUGGAAAAAGAAUUCCGCACGAAAAACGAGCUUGAAAGAAUCCGCCAUGAGACCCGUAUGGCUCAACUUGAUAAGGAGACAUCUGAAGCUGAAGCCUACUUGCAACAAAAGACCCUUGAAUUAGCAGCAGCCAGGCAAAAACGUGAGGCUUUACAGAAGAGAAUUCAGGAUAUCUCUGAGGAUGAUGAGGAAACAAUUGAACUUGUCAAUAGAGUCCAAAGCCUAGAAAAGAAGAUAAAAAAUUCAAUAGAAACUCGGCUGCAACCAAUUAUUGAGGAAAACAGUUGCCUAUCUGUUCAAUCAAAUGAGUUAGAGGAGGAAAUUUCUGCUGUUACCGGAAGGAUAGAAGUACUUGAGAAGGAGAAGAUUCUGGCAGAGAAAGAGUCGAAAGACUUGACUGAAAGAUUAGCUGAAGCAGAUAUAGAGGAGAGUAAUUUGUCUGAUAAACUACUCAAAAUGCGAUCAACGAAUUCAGAAUUCAAAUCACAGCAGGACAGCCAGAGGAAGGAACUAGAAGAUGCCAAAAGUGCUGGCCAGAAGGCUGUGUCUGAACUGGAAAUUAAGUUGUUGGCUACCAAAAAAUCGGCUGCGGACAAAGCUGCCAAUUUAAGAGCAGAAAUAACUGCUACAAGGAAAAACACUGAUGUGAUAUCCCAAAAGUGUGCUGAAAAUAGGGAUGUCCUAUCAACCAUGACAUCACAAUGUGAAGAAUUACAAAAGCUUCUAGAGACUGCAUUAGAAAACGAACAUUCUCUUGACAGUCAAUUGAAAGCUAUGGAAGAAGAAAAACAUCGGGUCUCUAGUGUUACACAGGAAUUGAAAUCUAAAAUCGAUGUUGAAGAGAAAAAUGAGGUCCAACGGAAAGAGUUACUUAGUGAAAGAAAUCAGUGUUAUGAGCAAGAGGAAAGUGCCAUUAAGUUCCAAAUAGAUAAAUAUAAUAGUGAUACCCUUAAAAUUAAUGAAAAUAUUACAGCCAAAAGAGAAUGUAUUGCAUUGCUUCAGAAACAGCUAGAGGAAGUUCAAAGGGACUCACUGAAAUCGAGAGAGCUGGUCCACGAUAGAUACACUUCUGUUGUUGAUGAGCAGCGUAACAGAAUCGCUCAGUUAUCUAAUAUAAGAGAAGAAGUGAACCAAAAGCAUCAGAAUCAAGCUAAUGAGUUAACACAGCAGAUUGAGAAACACAAUCAGAAAUUGACUGAAACUGAAAAUUUAAUAACUGAUGCAGUUAAAUCCUGCAAUACAAUUACUCAAGAGAUUGAGUCUCUUCAAAAUGCUGAGAAGAAGGUUCAGCAAGAAAUUGAAUCCAUGAAAUAUUCUGUUGAUGAGUUGAUGGAGAAGUGCAAAGUGACAGAAGAGAACUACCAACUUCUGAUGACCAAGCAGGCGGAAAUGGCUUCUAAUCUUCAUGAUGAAGAGGAAAUUUUGCAAUCCAAAAAAGUUAUAAUGUCAGAACUUCAACAGGAAAUUGACAAAUUGGAGAAGGAAAAAGCUGAAGCAGCAGUCCAAAAUUGUGAUGAAAUGAAAGAAACAAUGCACAACAUCUUGAAGAACAAACAAACAUGUGAAUCUCUAUUUAGUUCAACAAAUUUGCUGACCCAGGAGAUUAAUGACCUGAAGAUGAAAUGUGACAAAAAUAAAAAAGAGUGUGAUUCAAAACUUGAGGCCAUGGAAUGUUUGGAUUCUGAAAUUGAAUCGCAUGAGAGAGAGACUGCCAAGAUACGUGCGGAAUUGGACAAGACAAUCAAGAUGACUGAUAAAAUAGAGAAAAAGAUAACAGUGUCAGAGCGUGAAAAACUCAUUGCAAACCAAGCGUAUGAUACAAUGCUUAAAGGAAUAGCUGCUGCGAAAGCCAAAAAGGUGAAAGAGUCUAGCCAAGGAACAACAUCCAAAGGUCUCCCGCCAAAGACAACGACAAAACAGAAGGUGCUUCAGGAGACAAUUCUAGUGACGUUAAUGCAAAUGAAGAAGCAACUCAAGCGACCCAACAUCACUCACAAGAAAGUCUGUAGGAACAUUCUUAAGACCUAAUAGUUCAUCUUGUUCAGUAAUUUUCUUUUUUUCCUGAAAUCUCUAAGAUAAUUUUAGUUUUGAUGAGUUUUUCUUGUCUUUAAAGGUUCGAUUACAACAUUCCCUUUCCAUUUUGAGAAUUCAUUAUUAUUCUUUUAAGUUUUGUACGACGUCAGAUUAUUUAAUAAACAUCUUUUCGGUAUUUGUCAGAUUAUUU